AAUUCAUAAUUUUCCCUUACCAUGUAAUUUUUUAGAACUUCUAAUUUGCAUAUUCAGAAUUUGUUUUGCUAGAGAUAUGAACGGUGGGUUUGAAAUAAAAGAUGGAGAGUAUACGUCAACCAUAUAUAACAUGAUUAAGGAGCAGAGGUAUAUGGAGGCUAUAUCUGUUCUAUCCUAUAUCUAUGAUACUAAUCCAACAUCAAGGGCUGCAUUAUCUCUACUAGCGUACUGCUACUACUAUGUACAAGACUAUGUGAACGCUGCUAACUCCUAUGAACAACUGACCAACUAUUAUCCAGAGGAGGAGGAUUAUAAAGUAUAUUAUGCUCAGGCAUUGUAUGCUGCUACUCUAUAUGAAGAGGCUAUGAAAGUUACUGUUACUGUUGAAGCCCCUGAACAUCAAGGAUCUAUGCUGAAGCUUCAAGCAGCCAUCAGAUAUGGUGAAGAAGAUUUAGCUGGAGCAAAAUCUCUGGUGGAUCAAUGCCCAACUGAAGACCCAGACACUGAAAUCAACUUUGCCUGCCUCCUUUUCAAGGAAGGAAGGUUUCAAGAAGCAUUGGCAAAGUUUCAAGCCGCCCAGCAAACUAUGGGCUAUGAUGCCCAUCUCUCAUAUAAUAUUGCCCUUUGCCAUUAUAAGUUAAAAGAUUUUGCCCCAGCACUGAAGAAUAUUGCCGACAUUAUUGAGAAAGGAAUUCGAGAUCAUCCAGAGCUAAGUGUAGGAAUGCAAACUGAAGGGAUAGAAGUUAGAAGUGUUGGAAACACUCUGACCUUGCAUAAAACAGCUCUGAUCGAAGCGUUUAAUCUAAAAGCUGCAAUUGAAUAUCUUCUGAAAAACUUGGAUGCCGCCAAAGAAGCUCUUACAGACAUGCCUCCAAGAUCAGAAAACGAGUUGGAUGCUGUUACUCUCCACAAUCAAGCUCUAAUGAAUAUGGAGAGUAAACCAACUGAUGGUUUUGGCAAGUUACAAUUCCUUCUUCAACAAAAUCCUUUUCCGCCAGAAACCUUUGGAAAUCUACUGCUUCUGUAUUGUAAAUACGAAUAUUAUGAUUUGGCUGCUGACGUCUUGGCAGAAAAUGCUCAUCUUACUUAUAAAUAUCUGACGACAUAUCUUUAUGAUUUCCUGGAGGCCUUGAUAACCCAACAGACCUCGCCUGAUGAAGCAUACAGAAAAUUUGACAUCAUUGCUUCAAAGCAUGCUGAGCAGUUGAGAAAGUAUACAAAGCUUGUUCAAGAAUCAAGAAACAACCAUGAUGAUGAAGCAGUAAAGAAAUCAAUCAAUGAUUAUGAAGAUGCUUUAUCCCGUUAUAUUCCUGUGCUAAUGGCCCAAGCUAAGAUCUACUGGGACCUGGACCAAUAUGCCCAAGUUGAGAAAAUAUUCAGAAAAAGUGUUGAAUUUUGUAGCGAGUCUGAUAUUUGGAAACUAAAUGUCGCCCAUGUUCUGUUCAUGCAGGAAAAUAAGUUUAAAGAAGCCACCGGGUUUUAUGAACCGAUUGUAAAGAAACAUUUCGAUGCAAUAUUGGAUGUUUCUGCCAUUGUUCUAGCAAACUUGUGUGUUUCGUAUAUCAUGACAAGUCAGAACGAGGAAGCGGAGGAGCUAAUGAGAAAGAUAGAGAAGGAAGAGGAGCAUCUAGCGUAUGAUGACCCGGAUCGAAAGGUUUUCCAUCUGUGUAUUGUAAACCUUGUUAUAGGCACACUUUAUUGUGCUAAGGGAAACUAUGAGUUCGGGAUUAGCAGAGUUAUAAAAUCUCUUGAACCGUACAAUAAGAAGCUUGGAACAGAUACCUGGUUCUAUGCCAAAAGAUGCUUUCUCUCUCUUAUAGAGAACAUGGCGAAACACAUGAUUAGUGUGAGAGACACUGUUAUCACUGAAUGCAUUCAAUUUCUGGACCACUGUGAGAUAUAUGGACGGAAUGUGAAGACCAUCAUAGAACAACCCUUAGCACAUGAGCAUAUUCACCAAGGGAAGAAUACAGUAACAUAUGAAGCAAGAGUUCUCAAGUCCCUCCUCCUUAAUCUUCAAGAACAGUGAGAAUUCAAUCCACAGAAAAAUAAUAUCAUUAUUCUAUAAAACUGUAAAAUGUUUCUGAAGGCUGUAAAAUGGUCCAAGAAAAUAUACCUGCAAGCUACAAGUCAUUAAAUGGGGAAAUAAAAUGUUGAAGAAAACGUCUAUUUAGAAUUCAAUCUAAAAAACAAUAAUCUAACAACCAAAUUUUAUAUUUUAGGGUGUCCACAUACUAAAAAGGCAUCUAAUAGAAAAGGGUUCGUAAAGAUUAUUUGUAUGUUUAAAAAAUGUCAAAAAUUGUAUACAAUAACAAUAUAUAUGUAUCUAUAACUAUACAUACACAUUUUCAACAAAAUAUUAUUUUAUACAUCAUUUAAUAUUCUUAUGUCCACUAAUAAAGAACUUAAAAACA